AUGAGAGCAUUCACACAAACCAUUGGUGUAGCACGACGAUCUUUCCAUUGUGGACGUACACUUCAGGACAAAAAAGCAGCAUCGCCUUCAUUCAACGCCGAGGCUGUCAGCCAACAACUUGGUGUCUCAUUCAAGACGCCCAACAUUCUUCAACGUGCAUUGACCCACAAAUCAUACGAACAUGGCAGCGUGCCUUCCAAUGAGCGACUUGCCUAUCUUGGUGCCCGUGUUCUUCAACUUUCAGCAUGCGAGAGCGGUUUGACAUCCUCGUCGUUACAGGAUCACGUGCAAGAACAUACCAAUCUUGACCGAUUAGCCAAAAAGUUUGAUGGUCUCAACUUGGCAGAUGGCAUGCAAUAUCAUGUGCCUGGUUCUAGUAUGCCUCCAAAGAUCAAGGCAACCGCAGUGAAUGCAGUGAUUGGAGCUGUUUAUCAUGAUCAGGGAUACGCUGCUGCACAAGAAUUUGUAAAAAAGCAUGUGCUGUAG